AUACAGAUUAAUAUUUUAUUUUUCAGAUAUCUGGGUACUGGUUGUUCCUUUGGAGAACUACAUUACAACUUUCGUCUUGGCAAAUCUACAAUCACAGGAAUUGUCCGUGAAGUAUGUGAAACUCUGUGGGAAAAAGUCACAAAAAACGUCAUGCCUGAACCCAGCGAAGAUAUAUGGAAGAAAAUAGCUAAAGAUUUUGAAAAAUAUGCAAAUUUUCCCAAUUGCAUAGGCGCCAUAGAUGGCAAGCAUAUAAGGAUUACAAAACCCAAAGAUUCGGGUUCUUUGUAUUAUAAUUACAAAACUUUUUUUUCCAUAGUACUGUUGGCACUUUGUGAUAGUAACUAUUGUUUUACUUUCAUAGAUAUCGGAUCUUACGGAAAAAGUAGUGAUUCUGCAAUUUUUAAAAAUUCAGCAUUUUAUAAAAGGUUAUCAAGAGCUCGACGUUUUAUUGAAUGCACUUUCGGAAUUCUGGCAAACAAGUGGCGCAUUUUUCAUAGGCCUAUAAACGUGAAUAUAGACUUUGCCGAAGACAUAAUAAAGGCCUGUUGCGUGCUACACAAUUUUGUUAGAACUAGAGAUGGUAUACAGUAUGAAGAUACUUUACAUACUGCGCCAAUGAGUAAUCUUAUUACAUUACAUGCAGGAAGGGGUACACCAUCAUCAUUAAACAUUAGAGACAAAUAUGCUAAUUACUUUGUGAAUGAGGGUCGUGUAGAAUGGCAAGACACGAAAAUAUGAAAUUAAAAUUGUUACAGUUCGCGCCAAAUAACUAAACUCAAGAUGGCGCGUCGCGUUGGUGGGUUGUACAUAUUACAGUUAAUAGCUAUACGUUACUGUGGUAACGUGAUAGUUUUCCCGCGCUCGUUACGUACCGCCAAACAACGUUAUACACAUUUCAGUUAUUUGGGGUGGACUGUCUAUUACAAAACAUGUAAACUACCCUGGUAAAAUGUAUAAUUAAAUGUCUACUGACCAAAAA